UGGGCAGGGUUGGGGGAGGCAGCUGGGGAAGUGAGGGGGGGAAUGUCUGAAGUUAAUUGUCAGGGAUGUGGGUGUGGCCCGGGAGAUAUUGACCAAGGGGUCCUGCGUUUUCUCUCUAAAACCUGCCCCCCUUUUCACCAGCCCGUCUUGGAUGUUCCUUGCUGUGGUUGAACUAGCCCUGGAGAGAAAACAGGAGGCACCAGAAGAGUCUCUGCCCCCUCUGCGGAAAGAGAGAGAAGUAGACAAAGCCGAGGAGGAGCAGCAAAGUGAGGAGCUGCUGAGACAGACAGAAGUUGAGAGGCAGAAAAUCAUCUGGGAGUGGAAGGAGCUGCAGGAGUUUUUGGAGGAGCAGGAGCAGCGGUUGCUGUCCCAGCUGGAAGAGCUAGAGAGAGCCAUUGUCCAGAGAAGGGAUGAGGGCCUCUGCAAACUUUCUGGGGAGAUUUCAGUGCUCUGUGAGAGAAGAGGAGAGAAAGGACAGCAGCCACUGAGCCAAUCUUUGCAGGGUGCUGGAAGCACUGGGAGCAGCAGGGAGGACAGGAAGUUUCAGAAGCCAGAGCCGGGGUUAAUGAUGCUGGAGAAGAGACUCUGCGAUUUCUCUCUGAAAAGUGCCAUGUUGCAAGAGGUGCUGCUGGGAUUCAAAGAGACGCUGGGACUGGAGCUGGGGAGCGACACAGGCUGCAGAACAACAUCCACGUUUCACUCCAGAUGGGCCCAGCCUCCCAGGGGACGGGGAAGGAAAAUGGCUGCUGUGGAGCUGGCUCAGGGGCUGGUGACCUUUGAGGAGGUGGCUGUGUAUUUCACCAGGGAAGAGUGGGCUCUGCUGGACCCUGCUCAGAGAGACCUCUACUGGGAUGUCAUGCAGGAGAACUAUGAGAAGGUGACCACUCUGGGGUUACCAGUUUCCAGACCUGAGGUGAUGUCCCAGCUGGAACGAGGGGAAGAGCUGUGGGUCUCAGAUCUCCAGGGCUCUGAGGAAGGAGAGAUCCUGAGAAGAACCUUCCCAGGAGAUGGUGAAAUGGUGAGUGAGAACAGGGAGCACAAUCCGCAGCAGGAAGAUGCUGAGCAUGUGGAACCGCACUGGGAAGUAUCACAAAGAACGAAGGGGGACAUGUCCAGGAGUCAUGAGGAGAGGCAGCAGGGAAAGCAGCCAGUGGAGAAAAUGGGCAAAUCCAUCAAUUGUGAGGAAGAUCACAAGGACCUCCAGGAAACCACACCACAGCAGAGAAUCCUCAUGGGAGAGAGGAAACACACAUGCCCUGAGUGCGGCAGAAACUUCAGUAGACGCUCACACCUUAUUCACCAUGAGCGAAUCCACACAGGAGAGAGACCCUAUGAAUGCUGUGAGUGUGGGAAAAACUUCACUCGGCGCUCAGACCUUAUUAGACACCAGAAAACCCACACGGACGAGAGCCCCUAUGAAUGUUGUGAGUGCGGGAAAGCCUUCAUUUACUGCUCAGACCUGAGGAGACAUCAGAGGAUCCACAGGAGACAGAGACCCUAUGAAUGCUGGUUACCAGUUUCCAAACCUGAGGUGAUGUCCCAGCUGGAACGAGGGGAAGAGCUGUGGGUCUCAAAUCUCCAGGGCUCUGAGGAAGGAGAGAUCCUGAGAAGAACCUUCCCAGGAGAUGGUGAAAUGGUGAGUGAGAACAGGGAGCACAAUCCGCAGCAGGAAGAUGCUGAGCAUGUGGAACCGCACUGGGAAGUAUCACAAAGAACGAAGGGGGACAUGUCCAGGAGUCAUGAGGAGAGGCAGCAGGGAAAGCAGCCAGUGGAGAAAAUGGGCAAAUCCAUCAAUUGUGAGGAAGAUCACAAGGACCUCCAGGAAACCACACCACAGCAGAGAAUCCUCAUGGGAGAGAGGAAACACACAUGCCCUGAGUGCGGCAGAAACUUCAGUAGACGCUCACACCUUA